AUGAGCGACAGGGAGCGGCACGAGACGCGUGCCAUGCUGUGGAAGCUGGACACCCACAUUCUUCCCAUCCUCGCCCUGCUGUUUCUCUGCUCGUUCCUCGACAGGACCAACGUUGGUAACGCGAGGCUGUACAAUCUCGAGAACGAUCUGGGCAUGGUGGGGAACCAGUACAACAACGGCCUCGCCGUGUUUUACGCGACGUACAUCGCCAGUGAGAUCCCUAGCAACCUGGUCUUGAAAAAGGUCACACCCUCGAUAUGGCUGCCCGCCAUCACCACUGCAUGGGGCAUCGUCUCAAUGUGUCUCGGCUUCGUCAACAACUACGCCCAGUUCACCGCCGUCAGGGCGCUGCUGGGCAUCACCGAAGGUGGACUUCUGCCAGGCAUGGUGCUCUACCUGUCUGGCAUCUACACCCGACAGGAACUCGCGCUGCGUAUCGGCAUCUUCUACACCGCGGCCUCGCUCUCUGGUGCAUUUGGUGGCCUUCUCGCGCGCGGUAUCGCGGAAAUCGGCACACGCGGCGGUCUUAACUCGUGGCGGUGGAUCUUUGUAAUUGAGGGUCUUUUCACCGUUGUUGUCGGCAUCGGGGCGUACUUUUUCCUCCCUGACAGCGUCAGCACGGCCAAGUUCCUCACGCCAGAACAGAGGGUUCUCGCGUAUAACCGCAUCCAUGGAACGACUCAUGGGGAUGAUGGGCAGGAGAGGGAAAAGUUCUCCUGGUCAGAAGUCGUGCGCGGUCUUCUCAGUCCACAGACCUGGCUUAGUGCCUUGGCCUACUUUGGCAUUCUGAGCGGGCUGUACUCGUUCGGCCUCUUCCUACCCACCAUCAUCGAGGCUCUUGGUUACACUGCCAACCAGGCACAAUUAUGGUCUGUCAUCCCGUACGCCGUGGCGUCUGUCCUGACCGUCUUUGUGGCCUUUGCCUCCGACCACUUCCGCAUCCGCGGCAUCCUGAUGCUGUGCACCUUGCCCAUCGCCAUCAUCGGGUACGCGGGGAUCGCCUACGUGACGGACCCCCGCGUGAAGUACGGCAUGACGAUGCUCAUGGCGACGGGCAUGUACUGCAGCGUGCCGCCUGUGCUGUCGUGGCUGAGCAACAACAGCGCGGGCCACUACAAGCGGGCCACGACGAGCGCGCUGCAGCUGGCGAUUGCGAAUUGUGGAGGUUUCGUCGCUGUCUUCAUCUACCCAAAGUCUCAAAGCCCGCAGUACCAGCAGGGCCACACGAUCAUCCUGGGUCUUCUCUGCGCCGGGUGGUUCUUGGUCCUGCUCAACGUGCUCUAUUGCCACAAGCUGAACCGCGACAAGGCGCGUGGCAAGUACGACGCAUAUGCGGGCUGUGGAGAUGACCGGGACCCGGCGUUCAAGUUUGUGCUGUGA